AUGAACAAGUCAGAGCCAACUUCAAUUGAAUCACUGCGACCAAAGGAAGUUGUUACGACAGGCAAUGGUGUCACUGGCAAUGGCGUACCAAAGCCAACGUUCACAUCAUUGGCAGAGAGGCGUGCCGCUGCUCUAAAGAAGAGACAAGAUGAGGCUGAUGCCAAGCAGAAGGAAUCACAGAAACAAUCACAAAUCAGAUUACAUAAUCUGUUUGCAGAUGAUGACGACCUAGAUGGAGAGGUGGAUCACGUCGCUGCUGCACAAGAGAAGCUCAUCAAUGUCAAUCCAAAUGAGUACUUUGCUCAACAACAACAAAAGAGUAGUAGUGUCUCCUCUUCAAAGGACAAUGACAGAGACAGAGGCAGAGAUGGCAGGUGGCCAUCACAGAGAGGAGAUGACAGGAGAGAUGGCAGGAGAGAUGACAGAAGAGAUGAUCGAGACAACAGAGACAACAGAAGAGAUGAUAGGCGUGGUGGUGGUGCUGGAGGAGGUGAUAGAAGAGACAACAGAGAUAAUAGAUAUGAUAGAAAUAAUAAUAAUAAUAAUAGGAGAGAUGAUAGAGAUAACAAUAAUAAUAGGGAUAGGAGAGAUAAUAGAGAUAAUAGAGAUAAUAAUAAUAGAGACAGGAGAGACUAUAGAGAUUUAGAUAGUAGGAGAGAAGAUAACAAUAGGAAGGAUAUUGAUGAUAAGAGAGUAGGAGGAGGACCAACAGUUGGACAAAGUGAAGUUGGUGAAAAAAGGACAAGAGAAGAGGAGAGCGAAAUCAAUGACAUCAAGAAGGAGUACUAUGGCGAAAAGAAGGAUAGGAAGAAGAAACCAAAGAAGAGUGAGAGAACUCGAUUCGUAUUUGAGUGGGACACCAACGAGGACACAAGCAAUGACUACAACUCACUCUACUCCAAGAAGCAAGAGGCUAAACCACAGUUUGGUAGAGGUGUGCUGGCUGGAUUCGAUAACGAUGCCUCGAGGACCAACAGCGAGAGGGAGAGAGACCUUCCUCCAACUCACUGGUCAAAGAAGGAGCUAAAGACAAUGAACGAGAGAGACUGGAGGAUAUUCAGGGAGGACUUUAACAUCACAACCAAGGGCAGUGCAAUACCAAACCCUAUGCGAAGAUGGAGAGAGUCUGUUCUGCCAGGUGAGAUAUUGGAGGCAAUCGCCAAGCUUGGCUAUGAAAAGCCCACACCGAUUCAGAUGCAGGCCAUCCCGAUUGCCUUGUCGGGCAGAGAUAUCCUUGGUAUUGCAGAGACUGGAUCUGGAAAGACCGCUGCAUUUGUUAUUCCAAUGCUCACAUACAUCUCCAAGCAACCACGCAUGACCAAAGAAUCAGAGGCAGAGGGUCCCUACGCACUGGUGAUGGCACCCACAAGAGAGCUGGCACAACAGAUCGAGAAGGAAACGAGGAACUUUGCCAACUUCUUUGGCUUCCGCACUGUUGCCUUGGUUGGUGGUCUACCCAUUGAGGACCAGGUCACCCAGCUGUCAAAAGGUUGCGAGAUUGUCAUUGCCACACCUGGUCGUCUCAAUGAUUGUUUGGACAAGCGAUAUUUGGUACUCAAUCAAUGCAACUAUGUCGUGCUGGACGAGGCUGAUAUGAUGAUCGAUCUUGGCUUUGAGCAACAGGUCACAUCCGUCCUUGACUCUAUGCCAUCAUCAUUCCUCAAGUCAGAGAAUGAGGAGGAGGCAGAGAAGCAAGAGAAUGACUCGAAUCGAAUCUACAGGACAACUAUCCUCUACUCUGCCACGAUGCCACCCAAGGUGGAGAGACUUUCAAGGAAGUACCUGCGUAGAGCAGUUCAUGUCAUCAUUGGAGAGGCAGGAAAGGCAGUGGACCGCAUCAAACAGAACGUUGUCUUUGUCAAGAAUGAUAACGAUAAGCGCAAUCAACUCAUUGAACUGCUCACAAAUGGUCCACCUCCUCCAAUCAUUGUAUUCGUCAACAAGAAGAAGCACUGUGAGACCAUCUCAUCGAUUAUCGAAGAGUGCAACAUGACCUCGACAGCAUUGCACAGCAGUCGUACACAAGAGCAGCGUGAGAUGGCAUUGGAAGGUUUCAAGAAACGAAGAUUCAACGUCCUUAUUGCCACCGAUGUCGCCAGUCGUGGUAUUCACGUUGAGGGUGUCACACACGUCAUCAACUACGACAUGCCAAACAACAUCCAAGACUACACUCAUCGUAUUGGUCGUACAGGACGUGCUGGUUUGGAGGGUAUGGCAUCGUCGUUCCUCACCGACAAGGACACAGAGAUCAUGUAUGACCUGAAGAACAUGCUGUCAACCACCCACAACACUGUGCCCAACGAGUUGAUGAGGCAUCCAGCCUCUCAGAUCAAGCCUGGUUCAGUGACUGAGCGACAGAAACGAUCAGAGACUAUAAUCUACACUAAAUAA